AAAUAAAAAUCUCCACACCGGGUAGAAGAGUAGCUGUGCGUUUUAACACAUAUAUAACAGCGUGAUUCGAUAGAAGAAGAACUACAGAUAAGCAUACGGUGUGCUUUUAUCAGCUAGUUGAAUCGAGCGAACGAAAAGUCGUACCGCAGCACUCUUGUUUUGAAAGGUUCCUGGUUAUAUGGUAGCGACUCGCUGCUCACAGAAACAUCAUCAUGGCAGCGGAGUCAGAUGUGCUGUCUGAAAUCGAGGUGCUUCAGUCCAUCUACCUGGAUGAGCUGGUGGUCGACAGGAGAGAGGACGGGAGCUGGGAGGUGAGCCUCGUCCUGUACCCCUCCACAGCUCAAGACUCUGUCUCCCAGUUUGUCCGCCUCACUCUGACUUUGACCCUCGAUCAGCAGUAUCCCUCCUCCUCUCCAGACAUCUCCAUUCAUAACCCCCGCGGGCUCUCUGAUGACAAACUCAGCAGUGUCCAGAAGUGUCUUCAGCUGGAGGCUCAGUCCUGUCUGGGUUCUCCAGUGUUGUAUCAGCUCAUUGAGAAAGCAAAAGAAAUCCUGACUGAGAGCAAUAUUCCUUAUGGGAACUGUGUCAUCUGUCUUUAUGACUUUAAGGAGGGAGAAACCUUCACUAAGACGAGCUGCUACCACUACUUCCACUGCCACUGCCUCGGCCGCUACGUCCGCCACUCGGAGAGCGAGCUCCAGCAGAGGGAGAAGGAGCUGGAGGAGGACAAGACCAGAGACAGAUCAGACUGUCAGGAGCUGACCGUGGUGUGUCCCGUGUGCAGAGAGCCUCUGUCGUACGAUGUGGAUCAGCUUCUGGCCUCUCCUGCACCUCAGCUGCCAGAGCUGGACGGAGCAACGAUUGGUUCAAGUUUUCAACAGAAGUGGUGUGAGCUCCAGAAGAUUCUGGAAAGGCAGAGAUCUAAGGGAGGGAUCAUCGACCCUGAGGUGGAGUCCAAUCGUUUCCUCAUCCACAUCAACGAGGCUCCAUCUGCUGCUGAAAAUGGAAACCUGGAUGAAGACGGUUCUCCCGGCGCCCCUUUGCCCUCUGCUUCUAAUGUUCCCUUGAAUGAAUCUGGUGCCAGAGCGGACAGGUUUGCUCCCGGACUGUCGCGCGGCAGAUGGGGGCAAGGCCAGAGGCGUCCGAACCACCUGAGGGGGCAGAGGAGGGGAGGCCGGUCCAGAGGACAACACGGGCGAGCUGCCCCUGUCACAGAACACCUGGACAAACUCUCUCUCUCCUCAGACGGCACUGAAGGACCAAACAAAGCCAGACCUCAGGGAAAUAAUGGCCAGCAGAUGAAAGAGUUCUGUCAGUCUGAGACUGGCAGGGAGGUCUACGAGCCAAAAGAGACCCUUGUGUCUCCAGGUGAUCAGCCAGCCUUGGAAACUGAAUGCCUAAAAGAUGCGGCAGACUCGGGAGGUAGUCAUGGUCAUCCUGGAAGAAGAAGGGGUCCUUACCGACCUGCUCCACACACCGGAGCCCCGGGGGCUUCACACUACCACUGGGAAGGAAGAUCUUCAAGAAGCAGGGGAGGAGCCAAUAAUCAGUACAGAGGAGGUGGAGGGGGGCCCCGUCGGGGUUAUGGCAGGGGCCUCCAUCACAAGGUGGUAGAAAGAGAAAGAGACAGAGGCAGAGAAGAGGUGCUAUGACAAAGGGCAACAGGAGGGCCAAAGAACAAGUGUAUGCGUGCCUCCAUCAUCAGUUUGCAUAGAUUAAAGCCCUGCAGCAGAAAUGACGAGCAGUGUAGUGUCCUCACCUCCUGUGCAUCAUUGUUAUCUUGGUCUCUGCUAUGCAUUCUCAUGCACACACAUUUCAAAUACAGAUGGAUGUUGCUUAUAGUUGUGGGGAAAUAUGACUUGAAAGAACUGCAAAUUAAAUCUUACCUGGUUGUAA